CGCGCGUUAAUCUAAGCAAGUUUGUGCGAAUCUUGCCAAUGGCCGAGCCAGCAAAUAAGACGCCGUGGCAGGAGCACACGGCUCCGGAUGGACGCAAAUAUUACUAUAAUUCGGAUUCAAAGGAGUCGAGUUGGACAAAGCCAGACGAUUUGAAAACAGCCGGAGAGCUGAAGCUUCUGUCUUGCAACUGGAAAGAAUACAAAACAGAACAAGGUCGUUCCUAUUUCUACAACUCAGAAACCAAAGAAUCGACAUGGACGUGUCCACCAGAACUUCAAGCUUCUGAAAAUGAAAGUCAAAGUGAAGACACACCUAGCAAAGUAACAACUCAAGCAGAAUCAGCAGCAAAUACCGAAUCAACAACAACCACAACCACAACAACAACAACAACAACAACAACAACAGAGAGUAGCAACCAACAGGAAGCGGCGACGUCAAAGUUUGACAGAGAUAGAGAAAUUGCCAGGGAAGCACUCAAGGAGUUACUAAGAGAAAAGAACAUUUCGUCGACUGCAUCGUGGGAGUACGCUUCAAGACAGAUUGGUGCCGAUGCUCGUUUCCAUCUACUGAAGAGAUCCAACGAACGUAAGCAAGUAUUCAACGAAUACAAGAUCCAAAAAGGAAAAGAGGAGCGGGAAUUGCAAAGGCGGAAGCAGCGCGAAUCGAGAGAGGCCUUUCAGACGUUGCUUGAGACACACGAGAAGGUCUAUCCAGACAUGCGAUGGAGGCAUUGCUGUGAAUUGUUUGGUGACCACACAGCCUUCAAGGCAGUACAUGCAUCUGAACGAAGGGAAAUAUUUGAAGAAGUCAUUUAUCAACUGGGAAAGAAAGAGAAGACUGAAGAACAAGAAAGACAAAAUAGACAUCAGAAAACAAUGAAGGAGAUCUACAUGAACAUGAAGGGUGUGACAUACAAAACGACAUGGGCUGAGUGUUUGGGGAUGCUGGAAACUAAUCCCGACUUUACUGAAGACGACUCACUUGUAGGGCUAGAUAAAGAGGAUGCACUCAUUGCGUUUGAAGUUUACAUCCGGGAACUUGAGAGGGCACGAGACGAUGAGUUACAUACAGCUAGAGUGAAGGCAAGACGUCAAGAUAGAUACAACCGUGAAGCAUUUGUGGCUUUCUUAGAAGAGCUAAAUAAAUUGAAAAAGUUGACAUCAAUGUCCUUUUGGGUCGAGUUGUAUCCUGAUGUUAGCGCUGAUCCUCGAUAUGAUGCAAUGCUUGGUCAAGGCGGAUCUAGUCCAUUGGAUUUGUUCAAGCUGUACGUUGCUGAUCUGAAGGAUAGACUGCAUGAUGAGAAGAAGCUGAUCAAAGAGAUUAUUAAGGAUGCUGGUCUCCAAGUUGAUAUUGAUACACAAUUUGAGAUGUUUGAGGCUACUGUUCUUGCGGAUGAUCGAUCCGAUCCACUAGAUCGCGGAAACAUCAAACUGACGUACAAAAGUCUGCAUGAAAAAGCUGAAGCAAGAGAGAAAGAGAGGCUGAAAGCAGAGGAGAGGAAGUUUCGGAAACGUGAGGCUGCAUUCAAGGAAAUGCUGAAGGACAGUGACCCUCCUAUUACCAAGAACUCAUCAUGGGAAUUGGUUCGACUUCGUUUUGAGAAUGAGGAUGCAUUCAAAGAUGUUGCCGAAGAGUCGGAGAGAUUGUUUAUGUUCAAGGAUUUUGUCAAGAAUCUUGAGAGUGAUGAAGAGCCAAGAGAAAAGAAGGAUGAAAAGAAGUCUCAUCGUUCUCACAAGAAACGUAAGAGGAGGUCACGCUCUUACUCACCGUCGAGAUCUCGAUCACGAUCAGCUUCUGAUUCGGCUUCUGAUGGUGAUCGAAGAGAAAAACGUAAGCGUUCUAAGAAGCGUGAUCGCAGCUCACCAGCCACACCACCUCGUCGUCGAUCUAAAGAACAGACACCGUCAUCAGAUUCAGAAAAAGAGUCACGAAAGAAGAAACACAAGAAGAAAUCCAAGAAGAGAAGACGACAUUCUUCGCCUUCAGUAUCUCCUGAACCAACACCAAAAAAGAAGUCUAAGAAGUCAUCAAAGGCUGGUAAUGAGGCCGCUUCAGAGCAAGCAUCUCUUCCCGAUUCAAGUGAGGACGAAGCUGAGUUGCAGAUGCGUAGAGAGCAACUGUUACGACAACUAGAACAAGGAUAGGUAUUACUUAUGCAUAACAUCUGAAUAUACAAACAGCUACAUAUGGUGUAUCUUGCUUGCUCGGUAGAUAUCAUGAUAUAAUAUCUAUUGAGUACCUAUUGUGAGUACUACCUAUUGUGUGAGACUACUAUCUAUUGUGUUACUAA